AUGGUGGGGGUCCUGGCCAUGGCGGCGACAGCUGCUCCCCCUCUGGUGAAGGACUACGAGAUUGAGGCAUGCAAGAAGCGAAGGAAAGAUGAUGACAGAACUUCUUGCAGAACAAUCACAAAGUAUUUAUCACCCAUGGAGAAGACUGGAGACAGGGUUUUCUCUCCACCCAAAUCCAAUAAUAUUCUGGAUUACUUUAGAAAGACUUCAUUCACAAAUGAGAAGACUCAGACAACAAAAAAGUGCAAGACAAAGUCAUCCACACCAUUGCCUGCUGACAGCGGCAAAGACUGUUUGGAAAUGCUCUCAAAUACACAGUGUAAGAAGAGAAGAAAGAGACUGAAUUUAUCUCAUCGACUAAGUAGUAUUAAAACUGAACAUAAAACUCCAACUGACAUUAACAGUGAUGAGAGCAAAGAAGACUGUAGUUUAGAUAGCGAUUUUGUGGAAAGUAGUGCUUCCGCUUUACUUGACAAGAAACAUGUCGAGGUACUUGCAGAAAGUAUUCAAAGUCUCAAAAAACAGUCAGGCACUGUGACCUCCAAAAAAAGUUCUAAGAAAGUAAAUCCUAAACAUGGGCCCUCAAAAAACGAUCGCAGAACACUGAGAAAAAGGAAGCACCGAGAGGUCAUAGGUCUAUCUGAAAGCUUACCCUUAGCAGAGGAACUAAAUCUCCUUAAAAAAGAUGGUAACGAUAGUAAACAGAUAAGGCCUGCCCUAACUAAUGAAAUCAAAAGUGCUGUAAAUGAUGCUGAGCCUAGAGAUCAAAUGACUGAGAUAGCCCCAUUAAAGGAUACUACAGUAACUGUCUCAUAUGAGGAAUUUUUAAAAAGUCACAAGGAAAAUAAAGUGGAGCAGACACCAGACUCUACAGUGUCAAUUUGUAUUCCUUCUGAAACUGUUGAGGAUACAGUCAGAAGUGGUUCUGUGAGUGACCCUGAAUCCUAUGAAAUUUCCCAACAGACCCGCUUUAAAACAGUCACUGUUCUCGCACAGGUUCACCCUAUCCCCCCCAAAAAGACAGGGAAAAUACCCUCCAUUUUCUUGAAACAAAAGCAGGUGGAAAUGGAAAGUAGUCUGUCUGAUCCUGAGAAUGAACAGGCAGUUCAGAAAAGAAAAUCUAACGUGGUUAUACAUGAGGAAGAACUAGAAUUGGCGGUGUUGGAAACUGGAAGCUCUGAUGCUGUGAAACCUAAAUGCACUCCAGAAGAAAGACAACAGUUUAUGAAAGCGUUUAGGCAGCCAGUAUCAGAUACACUUAAAAAUGGAGUCAAGAAGUCUUCUGAUAAACAGAAAGAGCUCAAUGAAAAAUCUUUAAAUGAGGAAGAAAACGAUAGUAAUUCUAAAAAAAUCGUGGAAAAUCCUAAUAUCCAAAUGGUUUCAAAUCAUGGCAGUUCACAGCCCCACAUUGAUAAAGGAAGUUUUCCUAAGGAGAAAAGUAAAACACUGAAGAAAAAGAAUAAAAAAAUGUUAGAGACUGGUGGUAUUCCAGCUGAAAAUAGAGAGGGAAAUGCUCAGGAAAAAGAAACAACUGUUUCCUUUAAAGAGAAGCAAAAUCAAAACAGUCUUAGAAUGAGUUUAAGACAAAAGAAAACAGAACUCAAAAACAGCACAUUAUUUAACAGGGAAAGCCUUGUUUGUGAACGUACAGCAAAUGAUGACCCUCUAAAGAUUUCCUCUCUGUGUAACAAUAAGUCUUCAAAAAAAACCAGCUUACCAGUUAAGGAUAAGGUUAUACAGUCUAAAGCUGAGGCUGAAGACAGCUUGGGAAAUGUUUCUGCACCCAAAUCAAGCAGAAGAUCUGUAAGAAGUAGCAGCACGCCAGCUGCAAUAAUCGUUCGAGGUACUGAUUCUGAAGAUGCGCAAGAGGAUAGUCCAGUCAAAGCUUCGACUCCAAAAGCAGCCAGCUUAUCAGAGAAGCAUCGCUUAUAUACAGCGGAAUUAAUAACGAUACCUUCUGAUUCAGAGAGUCCUAUUAGAAUGAAAUUCACCAGAAUUAGUACUCCAAAAAAAUCUAAGAUAAGGUUUAAGAAAUCUGAAGCUGCUGAUGAAGAUUUUGAGACUCAGACUAGAAAGGUAAGCCGUGCUUCAAAAAAUGUAUCAAAAGCAAAACAAUUGAUUGAAAAAGCAAAAGCUUUGCAUAUUAGUAAGUCAAAAUCUACUGAAGAAGUAGUGACACCUUUAAGGCGUUCAUCUAGACAUCAGACGCUUCCUGAAAGAUCAGAAACAGAAGACUCUCUAAUAAUAAUAAGUUCAAGUCCUCCUCCUAUAAAGCAUCCUGAGAAAAAUCAGAAGAAACUUCAGUGUCUGAAUGAUGUGUUAGGAAAAAAACUUAACAAGACUCCUAAAAAUGUCCCUGGAAAAGUGAAAGUCGCACCUUUAUUUCUUACUAGAAAGACUCAGAAGACAGCUGAUCCCACCCUUGGUUUUGAUGAAAGCAGCCAAGAUGCAUCUGAAAAGUCUCAGGAUUGUGAUGUGCAGUUUAAAGCAAAGCGUGACUUCCUCAUGAGUGGUUUGCCAGAUUUGUUGAAACGACAAAUUGCAAAGAAAGCUGCUGCGUUAGAUGUGUACAGUGCAGUGAGCUCCAGUUUCCAGAGAGUCCUUCAUGUUCAGCAAAAAGACCAUGGGUGCCAUUUGUGGCGUUUGAAACCACCCACUUGUCCUCUCUUAACUAAACUUAAAGAACUAAAUACUAAAGUAUUAGAUCUCUCAAAAUGUGUUAUGGCUCUUGGUGAAUUUUCAACAUUGAAUUCAAAUUUGAAAAGUAAUAAUUCCACUGUUGUGUUUAUGGGGAGAAGGAAAGAUUUGACUGAAGAAGCAAGAAAUCUUUUGUUGGAGGAAAUUAGGUGGUCAAAUCCCAGAUUUCCUUUGAGGAAAUACUUCUCUUUGCUUCUAAAAAAGCGAACUGAGCACCAGGUACUUUCUGAGUGUCAUUGUAAACAAGAAAGUCCACAACUUGAACCCAUUGUCAGCCGAAAAGAAACCAAAAGGAAACGAGUGGAAAUGGAAAAUUAUAAAUCCAAAAGAAGGAAACCAAAUGAAUAUUUAGAAAGUCCAAGAAAGAUAAAUGGGAAACCAGAAGAACUUGACAAAAGAAACAACUCCAGUGGGAUAAAGCUAGACUCUUCCAAAGGUUUGCUUCCUAAAACAUCCAGGAAGAAACAAACAGCUUUGAGUACAAGGUGUAAAGUGGAAACAACAGUAGAAGAUCCUGAUGUUCUGAUAAUAGAUGAUGACAAAGAGUCUUCAUCAGAAGGGUCUUCUAUUCCAGAUUCUGGAAUUGAAGACAUGCUUUGGACGGAAAAGUAUCAACCUCAGAACUCCAGUGAACUCAUAGGCAAUGAGCUAGCUAUAAAAAAGUUACAUAGUUGGUUGAAAGACUGGAAAAGAAGAGCUGAAUUAGAAGAAGGACAGAAUUUGAAGGGAAAAAGAGACGAGAAACAGGAAGAUUCGUUGGAUAGCAGAGACUUCAAAGGCAGUUCAGAUGAUGAAGAAGAAAAUCGCCUUUGUAAUACCGUUCUUAUAACAGGGCCAACAGGCGUAGGGAAGACUGCUGCGGUAUAUGCUUGUGCCCAAGAACUUGGAUUUAAGAUAUUUGAAGUGAAUGCCUCUUCUCAGCGCAGUGGUAGACAAAUUCUGUCUCAGCUGAAGGAAGCUACUCAGUCUCAUCAAGUAGACAAGCAAGGUGUCAACUCACAGAAACCCUGCUUUUUUAAUAGCUACAAUAUCAGCAGGUCACCAAAAAAAUUAUGCUCCCCCAAGAAGGUUGUUACUUCACCAAGAAAACUUCCUCCGCCAUCACCACAAAGUAGUGGACCAAAGCGAACACUUCCACCUAAAACUUUGGCAAAUUAUUUUAAAGUGUCUUCUAAGCCAAAAAAUAAUGAACAAAUAGGAGCACUUCUGGAAAAUAAUAAAGGAAUCAAAAAUUCUUUUGAACAGAAACAAAUCAUUCAGACUAAAUCUACAAACACAACUAAUUCAAAUGUCAAAGAGUUUGGGGCUGAGGAACCCAACAGAAAAAGUGCAACAUCCCUCAUUCUUUUUGAGGAGGUUGAUGUCAUUUUCGAAGAAGAUGCUGGAUUUUUGAAUGCAAUCAAAACAUUCAUGGCAACCACGAAAAGACCUGUAAUCCUUACAACAAGUGAUCCAACAUUUAGUUUAAUGUUUGAUGGCUGCUUUGAAGAAAUUAAUUUUAAUACUCCUUCACUGCUAAAUGUUGCCAGCUACCUACAGAUGAUCUGCUUGACUGAAAAUUUCAGAACUGAUGUAAAGGAUUUUGUAACAUUGCUAACUGCAAACACUUGUGAUAUCAGGAAAAGUAUCCUUUACUUACAGUUCUGGAUUAGAAGUGGAGGUGGAUUUUUAGAAGAAAGGCCAUUAUCUCUUUGUCGAGGAAAUAGCAGAAAUGUACCACUUGUUUGUUCUGAAGAUGACCCUGAUUCCAAAAAUAACCCUAAAAAUACAAAAAGGAAUCCAACAGACCUUCCCAAAUGUGACACUGGUUGUGCUGAGACGUUGUUCGGCCUUAAGAACAUUUUUUCCCCAUCUGAAGACUUAUUUUCAUUUUUGAAGCGCAAAAUCAGAACAAAGGAAGAAUGGCAUAGGCUCACCCACCUUCUUACAGAAUUCCAAAUGCAGAAUGUGGAUUUCUUAUAUAGUAAUCUUGAGUUCAUUCUACCACUACCUGUUGAUAUCAUUCCAGAAACAGAAAACUCUUCUGUUUCAUCAAUAAAUGUGGACCCCAGUGCAGCAACAGAAAACAUGAGAUGCCUCGCUGGGACACCUGUUGAAGGAGGGAAGCCUUUGAAAAAGUCACCAAAAAAGAAACAUAAGAAAAAGAUUGUAACUUUAGAUGAUAGUGACUUAUUUGACAGUGAAUUGGACAUUUCUGGUGAAUGGUUUAGCCUCUACUCUGCAUCUUCCAAUUUAGAAGAAAGGAAAGCCAGAGAUAAAGAAAGCAAUCCAGAGACAAAGAAACUAAACAAACGUCUAGAGUCAGACGCUGAGUCUAUUCCUCGCCCUCCUCAAACACCAGCAGAAAAAAAAUGUUCUGUCCUUGUUUCUCACUGUUUAAAUUCUCUCACUGAGCUCAUGGACAACAUGUCCUUCUUAGAUGCCCUUCUAAUGGAUGUACGGGAACAAAGGGAGUUUGGGAAAGAUGAUUUUGGUUGGACAAAUGGAAAGGUUAAAAGUGGACUUUGUGAUGAGUUUAGUCUCGAGAGUAGUGAUGGAUGGACUUCUCAAAGAUCUGGAGAAAUAAAGGCGGCUGUAGAAGCUCUCAGCUUUACUAAAUGUUCUUCUGCUAUUUCAAAAGCAUUGGAAACUUCUCUGAAUUCUUGCAAGAAAUUAGGAAGAGAUCCCACAAAAGAGCUUACUUUUUAUAUUUCUCAAAGACGCAACAAUGUAUGCUUCAGUCAGUCUGCAGCUAAUUUAGACAGUGCUUGGCAGAGGGUAGCAGUCAUCAAAAGUGUAUUUUCCAGUCGAUCUCUUCUGAACCUGGGUAAUAGACAAGCCAGUAUAAUUGAAUACUUGCCAACUCUUCGAAACAUCUGUAGGACUGAGAAGCUAAAGGAACAAGGAAAAAGUAAAAGAAGAUUCCUGCACUAUCUUGAAGGAAUUCAUCUUAACAUUUCAAAAGAGACUAUGAACACUUUGGCAGCUGACUUCCCUUAA